CUCAAACCGUAGACAUAGGAUCGAUAUUGGAUAUUGAAAGUUUGAGUGUGAAAUACGUACACAGCGUUACAUAAAAUGGUUUUCUUUCAACGUAUCGAUAGUUCAUCUCCAUUCACAACCUCGUACAGGUGUUAUCCAGUGUCUUUUCUGGCUGACAACUUCCGAUCCAGCGUCGAAAAGGGUGGAAAAAUUAUUAUGCCUCCAUCUGCUUUGGAUGUGUUAACACGUCUUAAUGUUCAAUACCCAAUGCUUUUCAAAUUGACUAAUCAACAAGCUAACCGUACCACCCACUGUGGCGUCCUGGAAUUUGUGGCAGAUGAGGGCAGAAUAUACGUUCCUUACUGGAUGCUUAAAAACCUCUGCCUAGAGGAGGGUGGGUUGGUUUCUGUCGUUAAUGCCUCUCUCCCCGUUGCCUCUUUCGCUCGUUUUCAACCACAGAGCAGUGAUUUUCUUGACAUUUCAAACCCAAAGGCUGUACUUGAAAACGCUUUGCGUGAUUUCGCUUGCCUCACUGUUGGCGACAUCAUUGCAAUUAAUUAUAAUGAACGAAUAUAUGAGCUCAAAGUUUUGGAAACCAAACCGAAAGACGCAGUCACUAUUAUUGAGUGUGACAUGAGUGUUGAUUUUGCACCCCCAGUAGGAUACCAGGCGGCUGAUUCUGAUUCCUCAGAUAAACGAGCUGAAAAGGACGCAAAUAAGAUUGAGGAAGAUCCGAUAGAAAUUCCUUCAAUAGCCCAAGGAUUCCAGGCAUUUAGUGGUGCUGGUUAUCGAUUAGAUGGAAAAAAUAAAGCAGAUAAAACUAACGAACCAGGUAGUGGUCCAUCGUCAGGACAGUCAAAACAGAGGGAGAGAGGCGUACCAAACUAUAAUUAUCAACCUGGAAGUUUAACAUUCUUUAGAAAUUUAAAGAAUCUGUCUGCUCAGAAAACUGAAGAAUCCGUUUUCAAACCAUUCGGUGGUACAGGACAUCAAUUGAAGUCGAAUACUGUUAAAUAAAUUGAAUUAUUAUUAUUAGUAGUAUUUGUAUUGCUUCUAUAAUCCUCUUUUUUGUUGCUGUUAUUAACCUACUUUUCAGCAUUAUUUUCAUUCACAUUACAAAAUUUUGUAACUUAAUAAUAACAAUAAUAAUAUAAAAGCCAGAGUAUUUGUUUUGGUUUCUUUCUCCUUGUUUUUUUUUCUUUUUGAUGUUACACUUUUCUUUGUGAUGUGAUUAUUAUUGUAUACAGAGUGAAUAUUAAUUUGCUGUCAAUUA